AUGAGAUUCUUGAAGCUCCCCUCCGUGCUCCACGGCGGCCAGAUCCAUGCCGUGGACAUCAACUCCGACAACACAAAGGUGGCAACUGCUGGCAAGGACGGUCUGGUACUGGUGUGGAGCAUGGCCCAGCUAGACCAGGCUGCGAGUGCUGAACAGGGCCAGGGUGCCCUUGUCCAGGGCGUCGGGCCCUUGGAAACCCAUCACAACCACGCCCUGGUGGUGAGUGUCGUCAGAUGGUCGCCGAGUGACCCAUCCCAGUACGUGUCGGGAGACAGUGAAGGCAGCGUCUACCUCGGAGCACGCAAGCUCUUCCCAUUCCCAGCCCAGGACCCUGGAGGCGUGUCGGCAGUGAUAGACCUCUCGUGGUCCCAUGACGGACGCUUGGUCGCCUGGAGCACCGCCGACGGCAAGACCUUGUUGAUCGACGUCGCCAACAAUACCUUCCAGGAAUUGUCUCGCCUCCAGCACUUGGACACGCCAGUCAUCCAGCGCAGCGUCCUGUUCGAUCCCACCAACAACUACCUCAUCACCUUGGGCGACGAUACUUUGAUCUACUUGUACCAGUACGCUUACGAAAACGGCCAGUAUUCCUUCCGUCUUAUCAACAAGAUCUCGCGCCUCAUCAACAAAAACCCCCUCAACGUCCACUACAAGCGCAUUUCAUGGUCUCCUGAUGGCGAGUUGGUGUCUAUACCGACUGCAAGCAAAAACCAGACGGCGUUGAUCUCGCUCAUUUCCCGCUCUAAAAACUGGCAGAACAGAAUCAGCUUGGUGGGCCACGGCUUGACCUGCGAAGUGGUCAAAUUCAACCCCAAGAUCUUCAACAGCUCGGAAACCGAUAACGACAACAUAUACAAUGUUUUGGCCACGGCUGGUUCCGACAGGACCUUGGCGGUGUGGAACACCUCCAAGGACACUCCCAUCUUCUUGCUCCAGGAAAUAGUAGACCACCCGAUCACCGACGUAUGCUGGGACCGUACGGGGACUACCUUGUUUAUCUCUUCGUUGGAUGGUUAUUUGGGAAUAAUCUCCUUUGAAAAAAAUGAACUAGGCUACCAAGUAUCCCAGGAGGUGGUCUCUGAGUUGGCAAAAUUUGAAAAAGAAUUCGUCAAGCCCUUAAACCACAAGUAUGAGACUGAACAACCGACCGGGCGAAGAGGAAACGCAAACCAAAUCGAAUUGGUAGAACAAAAAAAUUCCACAGAUAUGCUGGCCCCCGUCAUAACAGAAAGUAAGGAAGAAGUCAAGGAUGCUGCAGUUGCAGAACCUGUAGUCAAACAAGAGCUGAAAAAAAAGGGUGCAAUUAUUCCUGAAGUCCUAGCGCCUCCGGACAUGAAUGAGCCUGAGCCGCAGACAAACGAUGAUAUACUCCAAUCGGCCAUGACUGAAAGACUGUCGAAACAGCCGGUUGCAAAGCCAAAAACUAUUACCACUGCGGGUAAGGAGAAAGAAAAAAUCGAGAAGGAGAAGGAAAAGUUGGAGAAACAGAAAAUUACUACCAAGAAUGGAAAGAAAAGAAUACAGCCAAUGUUAAUUUCUAAUGGUGGUUCAAAGGAAGAUACUAAAGUCGAAUCCAGUUCAAAUGGAACAAAGAUCUCAACUAACAAUAGUUCCAAAAGUUUGAUUGAGUUUGAUAAGCCAUCAUACUCCGUUUCGGAAAGAUUCUACAAAGACAACAAGAGAUCAAAGCAAGACGAUGGAAGCACUACCAAAAAGUUCAAGCGUGAACUCGAACCCAUCAAAUACAUUGGAUCACCAAUCUUGAACCCAAACACUUCGUUUGCUAAGGUGAGGCUAGCUGUUCCAAAAGUUAGACUUGGCUUCCAAAUUACCAGUAAAUCAGAUGAAGAUACAUUUGUUCUUGACAUUAAGAACGGAUCUGGAAAUGAAACGAAGCCAUCAAGAAUUACCUACUUCAAAAAAGACAAACAGGUUUGGUGUGAUUUUAUUCCUAGGUAUAUUCAUUUAGCAACCGAAGGGUCUCUUUUCUGGGCCUUGAGCUCUUCUGAUGGACAAAUCUUGACAUAUACACACGCUUCAGGCAAGCGCCUUUUACCACCACUUGUCUUGGGAUCACCAAUAUCUUUUCUUGAAAGUCAUACCAACUACUUGAUGGCAGUGACUUCGAUCGGAGAGCUCUAUGUUUGGAACCUCGAAAUCAAAAAGGUCGUUUUGACAACGAAUUUGGCGCCACUUUUGGAGCUUAGCAAUAAGUAUCAGGAAGACGGAUUGUCAAAGUCAGAUAAUAUUACCAUGUGUGCUAUCACCUCAUCAGGUAUACCGUUGGUUACUUUAUCAAAUGGAUCUGGAUAUUUGUAUAACAAGGACUUGGGAAUUUGGCAAACCAUCACUGAAUCUUGGUGGUCUUUCGGUUCACAUUUCUGGGACAGUAGUGAGGAAAAUAGCACUAAAUCAAGUUCUUCCUCAUUAUUCUCAGAGGAGACCUCAAUAAUCGAACUUUUGGAACAAAAAACUAACGAAGAAAUCAUCAGAAAAACUAGAACUGGAAGGGGCAAGUACUUUAACAAAAUUUCUAAGAAUAUGAUUAUGAAAGAAGGAUUCGAGAAUUUGGAGAAUACUAUAUCAAUUAGUCAUUUGGAGAAUAAGAUCCUAUGCUGUGAACUUCUUGGUGAAAACAAAGAUUUCCACAAAUACUUCAUCACGUAUGUUAAGAGAAUCUGUGAGUUAGGAUUUAAAGCAAAGUUGUUUGAAGUCUGCAACCACUUAUUGGGACCUCAAAGUGACGAAGAUGAAGAAAACGAAGUAGAUACCAAGUGGGAUCCAAUGGUUUGUGGAUUGAAGAAGCAUGAUUUGUUAAAGGAAGUAAUUUUGGCUUGCGCCCAAAGCAGAGAUGCUCAAAGAAUUUUGAUUCACUUUGGGAAUAAGAUAGGCUUAGUUGAGGAUCCACAGCCGAUCUGA